GCAAAGUACAGCAGGCUACAACACUGCUGCACAAGGCCACUUCAGGUCAAAGGUUAAAAUGCUUUACACCUUGACUUGUCUUACUUUAACUAAACGUGAUCAGACAUCAAGAUCACCAUUUAUCUUCCACUUUCUGUGUCCCAGGCUCUCAGGCUGUGGGUAGCGGUUUGGAUCCGUGAAAUUACCGCCUUAUUCCAACGCCUCCUCUUUACUGUCAGUAAAUUACUAUCAUUCACUUGAGCAAACGCACGAUGAAGAGCUCUCGAACGUUUGCGAUAAUUUUUUGGAACUAUGCUUUCACAAUCUUUCAAAGUGAGGCAAUUAUUUUACCUUAUGGAGAGCGGGUUGGUGAUUCCAUUUUGGGCAACGGCGAUGAUGAAGUGUCAGAAGUUCUGCGCUUGAAAGAGCCUUUGUUUUUCUAUGACGCUCAGUACUACGAUCUUUACAUAGCGACCAAUGGGAUCAUUUUCCUGCAGCCUCCCCCCAGAGAGAGUGGAUACGUUGAUAGGGCAUUUCCCUUGGGGUUUCCUGCCAUCGCACCUUUUCUGGCGGACAUAGACACUAGCGGGGGGAGGGGCUCUGUGUAUUACCGGAUGGAGGAGUCGGUGGAUAUACUUAACCACGUGGCUGGGCUCAUCCUGAGGAGUUUUCCCAACGUUCAUUUCAUGCCAAAACAGGCUGUGAUCACAACCUGGGACAAGGUCGGCAGCCACCUGGAGUUCCCCUUCUCGCUGGAGUCCUCAGAUAAGAUGAACACCUUUCAAGCUGUGCUGGCCUCUGACUCCCAGGACUCCUAUGCCCUGCUCUUGUACCCCGCCGAGGGGCUGCAGUUCCUGGGGACCAUGGCCAAGACCUUCCACAACCCGGGUGUGGAGCUCCUGGCCAGAGCAGGCUUCAGUGGCUGGCAGAGCUCCACCUCAGAAGAGCGGAGCUACCCUCUCCCUGUGCCGAGUGUCCGGAGCCUGGACCAGGAGGGGAAUGCGGGUGUGAGAGGGCUGUGGCUGUUCCAGAUCGGUAGCAGGUCUGCCUUCGAGGACAUCCUCAGCCCCGGGCCAGGUCCCUCCCUCCCCCCGGCUCAGCCCUGGGCCAGGGCCGGACACAGAGAACCAGCAGCCGACACUGUUGCCUCGGUUGUGGCAGAUCUAGUGGACGAUUUCUACGUCCUGUCCGACAGUAAUGCCCCUUCGACCAAACCACCUCCUCCAGUCCUGCCCCCCAAACUCUCUCCCACCCCCCUCCAGGGAACCCCCACCAUGAGCCCCUCCCCCCCCACCCUGAGCUCCUCGUCCCCCCCCACAAGGCCCCCUGUGCCUCCUGGGCCUUUAAGCGCAUGUGGCCGCAUCCUGCACCUCUGCUCCCAGGACGGCUACUGCGCAGACCACCCCACAGGCCCCUGCUGCCGCUGCCGAUCUGGUUACUACGGCAACGGGAGACGGUGCUUGCCCCAGGGUGUCCCCCAGCGACUGAACGGCAAGGUGAGCGGGAAGCUGACUUUGGACGGGACUGAGGUUUUGCUGAAGGGGGUGGAUCUCCAUGGUUACGCUGUGGUGGCCGAUGGUCGGGUCCAUGUCUCAGUCAGCCCCGUCCCAGAAAAGGUGGGCUGGGCUCUAAUGACGGUCAGCCCUCUCAUUGGCCUGUUCGGCUGGCUGUUUGCCCAAGAGCUCCAGGACUACAAAAAUGGCUUCCAUCUCACAGGUGGCGAGUGUACACAUCAGGCAAGAGUGACGUUCCACCCCGGGAAACAGAAUCUGACCAUUACCCAGAAAGCUCAGGGUCUGGUCUCCCUCCACGCUGCCUGGGUGGAGACCUUCCUCCAGGGAGAUCUGCCCCUCAUCCCAGCUGGUGCCACGCUUCAGCUGGAGCCAUACAAGGAGACCUACCAAUACAACCACUCAGUGGCGACCUCUUCAUCGCUGCGAGACUUCUCAGUGGUGUCUGACAACCGAGGGUUUGAGAAGCUGUCCUACUUCCUGCAUCAGGAUGUGACAUAUAAGGGCUGCGCCCACAGAUCGUUUCCUGACACCCAGUUCCAGCAGCUCAACACUGAGCGUCUCUUGGUCAUGUACAACAAGGAAACACAAAGUCUGAUGUAUUCCAUCUCCAACACUGUUGGUCCUGUUGGAGGGGGGCUACCGGACCCAGCCUGGGUGAACCCAUGUUCUGCUGGGGCACACUACUGUGACCCCAUGUCCAUCUGUGUGUCUGCGACUGGAACUGACUACUACUGCCAGUGUGUGUCUGGAUACAGAGGAGAUGGACGCAGUUGUUAUGAUGUGGACGAGUGUUCUGAGGGUUUGGACAGCUGUGGGCUUCACUCCCAGUGUGUCAACAUGCAAGGGAGCCACCACUGUGUCUGCAACGCCGGCUUUGAGUUCGACCCUGAUUGGCGAACCUGUGUGGACAUUGAUGAGUGCUAUCUGAAGCAGUGCCACCCGUUUGCCUCCUGCUCCAACUCUGAGGGCUCCUUCCACUGCCAGUGCUGGCCCGAGUACCAUGGAGAUGGACUGGUGUGUGGCCAAUCAGCUCUGGUGACGGAGUCUGAGAGCCGCCCUCCGAGCCUGUGUGAGCAGCACAGAGCCAGCCUGCAGGGGGGGGGGCCUGGGGUCUGGGGAGGCCUGCCCCAGGAGGAGGCCUUCCUGCCCCAGUGUGACCAGGACGGCCACUACCUCCCCCUGCAGUGCCGUGGCAUGACUGGGCAGUGCUGGUGUGUGGACAGCAGGGGGCAGCAGAGAGCAGGAACCAGGACUGACCCUGGCAGCCCUCCAGUCAGCUGUGUCACAGCAGCCCUGCCCCCCCCCGUCCCUCCCCUGGGGAACGUUGCAGACAGCAUGUGUGAGCGCUGGAGACACGAUCUGGAGGAGCAGUAUGGAGGCCAGGUGUCUCCUCAGGACUACAUCCCCCAGUGUACCCCUCAGGGACACUUCCUGCCUGCCCAGUGCUACGGUGACAGCACCUUCUGCUGGUGUGUCGACCGAGAUGGAAGAGAGGUUCUGGGAACACGCUCGCGACACGUCGUCAAGCCUGCCUGCCUGCCAACCGUGCCCUCGCAAGCCCCUCAGCCAUUGGUCCAUCCAGGUGUGGUGUCUCAGCCCCCAAGGCAGGCAGUGGUGUUCUCUCAGGGACACCACAUCACAGCUCUUCCUCUGGACGGACAGCAGGCAGUCUGCAAGAAGGCUUCGCUGCUGUUGACUCUGAAGGAUGCCAUUGUGGUCGGGAUGGACUAUGACUGCAAGGAAAACCAGCUGUACUGGUCAGAUGUGGCCAGUCAGACGAUUAGCAGAGUCACACUGGAGGCUGGAGCAGAGACAGAGAGCAUCAUCCACUCAGGUGUGACCCGUCCAGAGGGCUUGGCUGUGUGUGUGCGGUCCAGAAGGCUGUUCUGGGUGGACAGUGGCUCACUCAGGAUAGAGGCAGCCUCUCUGGCUGGUGGAGACAGAGCCGUCCUGGUCAACUCUGACCUCAGCAACCCCAGAGCCAUCGUUGUGGACUCUACCAGUGGAACCCUGUUCUGGACUGACUGGAACCGCGACGGUCCGAGGAUUGAGAGCUGCUCUGUGUCGGGUCAGAACCGACGUCUGCUGGUCCAACAGGGGAUCACACUACUAACUGGACUGACCCUUGACCUCAAGACGAAGCAGGUGUGCUGGGCGGACGCAGGUUCCAUGAAAGUGGAGUGCAUAGCCCCCGAUGGUUCAGAGAGGAGAGAGAUCUACAGAUGUCAAGAUGACUACCCGUUCAGUAUUGUUCUUCAUGGCGACACCCUUUACUACACAGACUGGGAGAGGGACGGGGUUGUCAUGGUAGACAAAGGGGAGAGCAACCGGACAGACCAGUAUCUACCCCUGCGUAGAUCUCACCUGUAUGGAAUCACAGUCGUCACAUCUCAGUGUCCAUGAGGGAAACGUUGAGGAGUCCGCUGUGGUGUGUGUUUGGAGUGCUGGAGGG